CACGCCUCCCUCCUGCAUCCCGCGGCCGGCGGAAGCGAUUAUCCCCGGCGUCUGGCGGGGCCGGGGCGGGCUCGCACCCCGAGGAGACACGGGCCUCCCCGCGCCCACCUUUGAUCGCGCCGCCUUCCCCGCCCCCGGCCCGGGAGGGUAUAACUGGAGCCCGCGCCCCUCCGGGCGGCGCGCUGGGCUCCGGAGCGAUGGCCGCAGCCGAGUCCAGUGAGCUCCAGUUCGCCGAGGGCGCCGCGUUCCCAGCAUACCGGGCUCCCCACCCCGGCGGGGCGCUCCUGCUGCCCCCGAGUCCCGCCGCAGCCCUGCUCCCCGCACCACCCGCGGGCCCCGGCCCAGCGCCCUUCGCGAGCUUCCUUGGCCGGGAUCCCGGGCCGGCCCCGCCGCCCCCCGCCAGCCUGGACUCGCCUGCGCCCCCCAAAGGUGCGGCCGCCCCGUCCGCGUCGCAGCGCCGCAAGCGCACGUCUUUCAGCGCAGAGCAGCUGCAGCUGCUGGAGCUCGUCUUCCGCCGGACCCGGUACCCCGACAUCCACCUGCGCGAGCGCCUGGCCGCGCUCACCCUGCUCCCCGAGUCGAGGAUCCAGCUUUUAUUUUCUCCCCUCUUCCAGGUAUGGUUCCAGAACAGGCGUGCCAAGUCCCGGCGUCAGAGUGGGAAAUCCUUUCAACCUUUGGCUAGGCCGGAGAUUAUCCUCAAUCACUCUGCUCCUGGAACUGAAGCGAAAUGUCUGAAGCCCCAGCUGCCUCUUGAGGUGGAUGUGAACUGCCUGCCGGAUCCAUACGGGGUUGGAGGGGGCAUCUCUGACUCUAGCUCCCAAGGUCAGAAUUUUGAAACCUGUUCCCCUCUCUCUGAAGACAUUGGUUCAAAACUGGACUCAUGGGAGGAACACAUCUUUUCUGCCUUUGGUAACUUUUGAGGAUUCUGGGAGAAUUCGGGAUAAGCUCUGAGGAGUCAUGACUGAUAGCUUGGGAGAGACACAUCAGCAUACUGUCCUUUCUGACUUCCAUGCUAAGGACAUGUGCUUGUUAACCUUGAUGAUGGUUUUGACAGCACCUCUCACAUUUGAAAAUACCCCGCGACUUUGUCAAUGAAGUUUUAAGCCCACACUCCCACCCCAGAGUUCCGGCAUUCAUUUUUACCUGUGUUCUCUCCAAGCCUGCACAUUCCACUUGGUCUGCAUCCCUGUGCCUUCUUGCCAGGCCUGUUCUUCGUUUUUGGACUGGUUGUUCAGAACUCAUUAUUUUCUUCACAAGAAUGCCUCAGCUUGACUCAGUUUCCCCUUGUGCUUGACAGCUGCCAUUUUCUCCUGGUCCCUCCAAGGCUUAUAAUCUUAAACUCACUCUACCCCCCCGUCUCUUCAACCCUCAUCCUAGGUUUAUUACUUUUUAAAAUUGGGCCUGUUAUCUUUGCGUUCAACCAUAGCUCCAAUGACUCUGCAUGCAGAUUAUUUUGACAGCCCCCCCCACUGCCUCUAGCUUCUCAACUACUUAAAAAAAAUUACCCUCUGUGGGCCAGGCAUGGUGUCUCACUCCUGUAAUCUCAGCACUUUGGAAGGCUGAGUGGGUAGAUCACCUGAAGUCAGGAGUUCAAGACCAGCCUGGCCAAUAUGGUGAAACCCCAUCUCUAUUAAAAAUACAAAAAUUAGCUGGGCAUGGUGGCAGGAUCCUGUAGUCCCAGCUACUCAGGAGGCUGAGGCAGGAGAAUCACUUGAGCCUGGGAGGUGGAGGUUGCAGUGAUCUAAGAUUGUGCACAGCCACUGCACUCCAGCCUGGGACACAGAAGGAGACUCUCAAAAAAAAAAAAAAAAAAAAAAAAAAAAAAAAAUUUCUCUAUGGUUCUGUGGUAACCUCCAGUUGCUAACACAUUAUAAAAAGCUUUCAGUUAUCCUCCCAGAUAACUGAUACCCUUAGCCUGCAGGACAGCUACGCAAAUCUGAAGGUCAACUUUCCACAGUAUACGUUUUGGUCUUAAGGUCACUCCUUUCAGUUUUGAACCAAAUUCAUACCUUUUACUUUCAAAACACUCGAGGACUCCCUGCCCGCUUUCUGAAGUCUGAAAUUUUCUCUAAUCCUGAUUUGGCACCUGUUACUUCGAUCACUCCAAUGUUACCCUUAGCACUUGUUAUUGUAUUUCCUAUGCAACUUUUGUGAUUAAAUGUCUUUCACAAAUGUUUCAA